UAAGCGGGACCCACUUCGCAGACUGGGGGAAAAGGAAAAGAAAAAAAAUCCUCAAUAAAUCAUCGGAAAGCACGCGAAAUUGGAAGCCCUCGGUCUCUCUCGCUCUCCCGGCGGAUAGAUUUUCUGUUCAUCCUCUUUUCGAGGUACAGAGAUAAGUCGGAAGGCCGAUCGCCGGAGGAGGUUUGGUUAUCUUGCGGGGAAACCGCUUGUGGAUGGGCUGAAGCCUGUCCGGGAGAGCAGCGUUGCUUUUCUCGUUAUGGCUAUCGUCGAUCAGAAGGCUCCGACGGAAGGGAAGGGGUGGAAAAUCUGCCGCAUGCCGUUCUGGCAAUCGGCCGCGGCAUCGUCCUCCUCCUCGUCUGCUUCUUCUCAGACCGCUCUGCAUCACCAGAACGGCGUCCAGGGCAGUGAGGGUUCGAACCCGCAGGGGGCGCACUCCUCCAUGUCGUCCGUAGCUCGGUCGAUCUUACCGACUCGUCGCCGUCUCCGCUUUGAUCCGGCAAGCAAACUUUACUUUCCAUACGAACCGGGGAAGCAGGUGAAGAGCGCGGUGAAGAUUAAGAACACGAGUAAAUCUCAUGUAGCGUUUAAGUUCCAAACUACGGCGCCGAAGAGUUGCUUCAUGCGUCCUCCUGGCGGCAUACUUGCUCCUGGCGAGAGCAUCAUAGCCACGGUAUUCAAGUUCGUCGAGCAUCCGGAAAAUAACGAGAAAGUGGUCGAUCAGAAGACUAAGGUCAAGUUCAAAAUCAUGAGUUUGAAGGUGAAAGAAGGGACGGAGUACGUGCCCGAGAUGUUUGAUGAACAGAAGGAUCAGGUUUCCGUGGAGCAGAUCCUUCGAGUCGUUUUCUUGGAUCCUGAGCGUAAUUCUCCUCAAUUAGAAAAGCUAAACCGCCAGCUAGAAGAGGCAGACGCAGAACUUGAGGCACGGAAGAAGCCUCCAGAGGAUUCCGGCCCAAAACUUGUCGGGGAAGGCCUUGUCAUCGAUGAAUGGAAAGAACGACGAGAAAGAUAUCUAGCACGGCAGCAGGGGGAAGUUGCUGAUUCUGUGUAAAGUUCUCUUUUUUAUAUCAUUGUGAGUUUUCAAGAUUUGUGGUGAUUUUUGCCAAUACGUUCGGUUGGGUAUGUACUAUCUGUAUCUGUUCCUGACAAACAUGAAAGUAGUUCAAGCAAAAUGGCACUUUAAUAUGCCUUAAAAGUUUAAUGCAAGAUGAACCCGAGCACGUGUGUGAUAUUGUUUUAGUCCUGCUCUCUGCUUGUAGAUAACAGGAUUUUACACAAUAGAAAUAAAACCGUUUUGGCUUCUUAAUGGGACA